AUGGUGGAACGUCUACACCGCACUCUCAAAGCUGCAUUAAUGUGUAGUUCCACUUCAUGGCCUGAAGCACUACCGCUGGUCCUACUCGGAUUGAGAACGGCCGUGAAGGAGGACUUACAAUGCUCUUACGCAGCAGUGGUUUAUGGCGAGCAAUUGAGGGUUCCUGGAGAAUUUAUCGUUCCAGCAUCUACACAGCCGUUCGCCCCUGAGCUAUGCACGCAAUUCGCGAGACAACUCAGCGUUAGAAUGAGAAACAUCAAACCCACUAACCCUGUCAGACAUGGAGACCGGAGAGUGUUUGUACAUAAAGAACUGCAAGCAACGUCCCACGUGUGGCUUAGGGAUGAUACGGUGCGCCCGCCGCUUGUUUCGCCUUACUCUGGACCAUACAGGGUAAUCACAAGAGGAAGCCACAGCUUCAAAAUCGAUAAGGAUGUAAAGAAGAGACAGUCUCAAUUGAGCGGCUUAAACCUGCUUACACUCCUUCCUCGGUCUGCAAAAUCAUCCUCAAACGUGGAGGCCAAAGAAACAGCAGAGAGUCUCGCCGAGCCCUCGGUUUCAGAAGAGGACAACGAGGCAGCAAGUGCAGAACAGGAGCAGCCAUUGCCUGCACCAGAUGUUUUCCCGAGAGCUGAUUUGCAAAUACCGGGCCUUUUCCCGCCCAUUGAUUGCAUUUCAGUUUUGACUUUCGAUAAUAGCUGUUAUUCUCAGAUGCGAGUGUUUGAAAUUCGACGGAAGUCGACGGAUAAUAUUAUUGAUGAUCCCUUCUCCCAGAAUAUCGCUGCGCUUUUGUCAUUAACUCUUUGUGUUUGA